UCAGACAGUUCGACGACUUGGGGGAUUUUCUUUGCAUCGAGAGCAAAAGUUACGCAGAUAUUUUUGUGGAAAUUACAUAAAAAUGGGGAGGUCUCCGUCGAAGAAGAGUUCCCGGCAUCGCUCACGGAGUCGCAGCAAGGAUCGUCGCAAGGAACGCCGUAGGUCCCGUAGUCGUGAGCGAGAGAGGGAGCGGGAUCGUGAACGUGAUCGCGAUCGAGAUCGUGACCACGACCGCGAUCGCCGGAAGGAUCGCAGUCGUAGUCGCGACUAUCGACGCGAACGUCGGAAUCACAGCCGCAGUCGCAGCAGGGAUAGGAGAUCAUCGCGCGAUAGGGAACGUCGACGAGAGCGCGAUAGGGCGGAGCGUCACGAGGAGCCAGCAAACACGGUGGUGCUGCCUGAGAAGAAGGAAAUGCCGAAUUUGUCGCAGCAGAUCCUCGCAGCCGUGGCUACGGAUAAAAAUUUCACUUCUUUCCUUAAUAAUCCACUUUUGUCAGGGGGCUUUGACACUGGCAAUGCCCGCGAUAGCAUCCCCAGCCUUCUAGGGUCAUUCGGGAUGGGAAACAUUGAUUUGAGCUUCCUGGACAGGGAGAAUAAGCCAGAGGAAGUUCCAAAGAGGGAUGUGGUGGACAUUGGAGGUGGUGGUGGAGGUCUCGAUCUAAACAAUGGCUCCAGUCUCCUGGGAGCUCCACCGAGUCUCUUCUCCCUUCAUCCACCAGACCCGAACAGCAACAGCAACAGUCAGGAUACGUUUAAAGGCAUGACGGGCAGCAAUGAUGAUUCUCAAGAGGCAACUUCCGAGGAAAGGAGGAGAAAGCGAAAGUCUCGCUGGGCUGGAGGAGAUCACGACAAGACAUUCAUCCCCGGCAUGCCCACCAUCCUGCCUGCAUCGCUGAGUGCUGAUCAACAGGAGGCCUAUCUAGUUCAGCUGCAAAUUGAAGAAAUCAGCCGGAAAUUGCGCUCUGGAGACUUGGGAAUAUCGGCAAAUCCGGAAGAAAGAUCUCCAUCACCGGAGCCAAUUUACAGUUCUGACGGUAAACGCUUGAAUACACGAGAGUUUCGGAUUAGGAAACGCCUUGAAGAGCAACGACAUCAGCUUGUCCUGCGGAUGCAGUGUAUGAAUCCGGAAUUUAAGCCUCCAGCGGAUUACAAGCCACCGGUGACACGUGUGAGCGAUAAAGUAUUGAUUCCGCAGGAACAGCAUCCGGAUAUAAACUUCGUUGGAUUAUUAAUUGGACCACGAGGUAAUACGUUGAAGGCCAUGGAGAAGGAAACAGGGGCAAAGAUCAUAAUACGCGGUAAGGGUUCUGUGAAGGAGGGUAAGGUAGGACGCAAAGAUGGGCAACCAUUGCCAGGGGAAGAUGAGCCACUUCAUGCUUUUAUCACGGCUAGCAAUCCGGAGAAUGUGAAGAAGGCCGUGGAUAAGAUAAAGGAAGUUAUUAGGCAGGGCAUUGAAGUACCAGAGGGGCAUAAUGAUUUGAGGCGAAUGCAGCUUAGGGAAUUGGCACAACUCAAUGGGACUCUGCGCGAGACUGACGGGCCUCGGUGUACAAAUUGCGGGUCAACGGAGCACAAGAGUUGGCUGUGUCCGGACAAACCCAAUGUCACAAAUAACAUUGUGUGCUCAGCGUGUGGCGGAGCAGGGCAUAUUGCCAAGGAUUGUCGCAGCAAGAGACCCGGUGCGGGGGGGCCGCCGAGUACCAAUGCGCAGGCAAAAAUUGAUGAGGAAUACAUGAGUUUGAUGGCUGAAUUGGGUGAAGGGCCACCCGUGGAGGCUGGUGGGAAGCGCGAAAUGGUUCAACAUCCACGGUAUGGGUUAUUUGAUCAACGUCAGAAUCAUCCACGUUCAAUUAUGGCCCCACCACCGCCGCCGUGGAAUCAAAAUCAAAUGGGAAUGGCUCCGCCACCACUUAUGGGUCCCCCAGGACCCCCGGGGAGUGGUGGUCAGGGCGCCCAUGGUGGUGGAAUGCCAUGGAAUAUGGGAAUGGGGCAGAAUUCAAGUAAUGGUGGUCAACCACCGCCCCCGGGGAGUUGCAUGCCAUCCGAUAAUAGUAUGCCGGGUAUGAGUCCGGGUUUGCCGCCAAUUCCCGGAACUGGGAUUCCUCCAAUGAUGCCACCACCACCGGGAACGGAUCAGCAAUGGGAAUGGGGGGCACCACAGCCACCGUUGCCGCCGCAGCAGCAACAGCACAUGAUGCCACCACCAUUCCCAUGGGGGCAGGCUCCACCCAAUUUCAUUCCUCCACCUCCGCCGUCUACCAAUAAUUCAAUGACAACCCCCAGAAUUCAGAGCCUCCUGUCGUCACCGCCACCUCCGCCGCCACCCAACUAAUCUCAAGGUUGUAUUGUGGUGUACUGUUUGAGAGAUUUAUGUGGUGUGUUGACGUGAAAUUUAGCAUAAAAUGAUUUUACAACUAAAAGUUCAAAAUGUUGUGGAAAUGGAAAGAAACGGAACAUCAAAUAAAUUUCAUUUUCCUGCUUAAUUUUAAUUAAAAAAAAGAAAAUAAAAUGGAAUUUGAACAGUCUUCAAAUUAAUUUAAACUUUAUGUAGGAAAAAAAGAUUAAUUCAAGAAAUUAGCAAGAAUUUGGUCCUGAAUUGUCGGAUUGUAUUUUACAAUUUUAUUAAAUUUGAUUUCUCUAAAAUAUUUAUAAAGAACUGUAGAAUGUACAAGUUUAAUGUAGAAGAGACAGCAUAAAAGUAUAAUAAUCAAGGAAAUAAAAGCUUAAUCCUUCCGAUUAAUCGCUCAAUGGUUGAAAUCAAUUUAGUUCUUGAAAAUAACGAAGCAUUUAGGAUUUUCAAAAGUAGAAAAAAAAAGAUCAAAAUUAGAGACUUUUCAUCAACCUGAGUGAAUAGAAAGUGAGAGUAGAAAAUAAGGGUAUUUGUCGCUAUAAUUUUCUAUGAAUUCUUUCUUAAAAUAAAUGAUAAUAUUGUAUAAAAUAUGAAAAUUGAACGUUAAUAAACCUUUAGAAACAAACAA